ACAUACUGAGGGAACCGCAUGUGCUCCCAGAUGGUGUAUAAAAUUCAGUGGAGUUCAGAAUUCCAUUCGGCAUCUUUCUUUCUAUUAUUCCUUCGUAAUAUGGUCCUUCAACAGAACAAAGUCAUUGCGCCUUGGUUAGCACUCUUAACCAUCUUCCACACUUCGGCUGUCGUGCUUCCUGCGAGCUUGAUUGCUCUUGCUCUGGAAUUGAUCAAUCACGUUACCGGUAGAUCACGAAGACUCCUGGCAGCUAAGCCUAUACCUCGAAAAAUCGUCAUUACAGGUGCUGCGUCUGGUAUCGGCGAGAAUGUUGCAUUGCGAUAUGUCACCGAUCCUAAAUACAAGGGAGCAGCUUCCGAGCAGGCUGGUGGUCUUCACCUUAUCCUGUUGGACUUGAACGAACAACGACUAGCCACUGUCGCUGAUGUUUGUAUAAAGAACGGCGUUAAAGUCGAGACCAAGGUCAUCGAUGUAACUGACGCCGAAGCAAUGAAUGAGUAUUUACUGGAUGUAGACGACAGAGUAGGUGGAAUCGAUCUCGUCUGGGCCAACGCUGGCGUUGUGGCCACCAUGGCGGGAACGCCUACAGCGUCUGGAAAGAGAGAGAGCACGUUGAAGCAGAGACUGGAUCUGGUCAUCAAGGUCAACGGUAUGGGAGUGCUUAACACCAUCACUCCCUUGUUGGAUCGUUUCAAGGAACGCAAGCGUGGCCACCUGGCUAUCACAGCUUCCCUUGCGUCUUUCUUCAUCUUUCCUCAAGUCACAGGCUACUCUGUCUCCAAGAGAAUGGUCUACAGAUUGGGUCGUGAUCUUUCAGUGGUUCUGAAGCCAUACAACAUCGACGUUUCAGUCAUUUGUCCAGGAUUUGUCGACACCCCUCUUGUGCAAGACGCCUCGAAAAAUCUUCCCAACAACCAAAAAAUUCCUUUCCAGUUGAAUGUUGACUCCGCUGGCAAAAUUGUCAAGCGAGCAUUGGACGAGCGACAAGAAGUCCUGAUGUUCCCUUGGUUCACCAUCAUCGGUUCUUACUUGAUGAACAUUACGCCAGAUUGGUUGGUCAAUUGGAUGUGGAAAAAUGCUAAUUUCAAUUGGGAUACCAGCGGUUAGAUGUGGACAACUUUAUACAGCGUUGUACACAUACGACUCCUCCAUGCUUCUUUAAAAAUAAAUGACAGAAUAUACGUAAAAUUCUUUGCAAUUACCCUUUCUUUGAUUCGUCUAUAUCAUCGUGCAAAUAGCUCACAUGCCUAGAGGCCUCGAAUACAAAGGCGGCCAGCGUUAGUCAAAGGGAAAUGCCGAUUUAGGAAAUUGGGUUCCUGCCCAGCAGUCCUCAGGUAAGCUGUAAUAUUGCUUUUUUAAGGACCGGCCAACUUCUUUGCUAAAAGAUAAAGGUUGUCACGCUUAAAGUAUCACUUUGGUGCAGAUUACGUUUUUACCGAUGUCGGUAUGCUUCUAAACCUCGGCUUUAAC